AAGGGAAAUGAAAAUGAUAAUAGUUAUUUAUUGAAAAUCUUUUUCUAUGGUUUCAACGAUUAAACGUAGCUUAUGGUUGAGGAGGAUUAUUAAUAUUUCAGCGAAUACAUUUCAGUUGAUGUCUCACGGUUAAGAGCAUAAAAAAGUAUUUGUCUACCUUUGUUGAACAUAUGCGAUUUGUUAAACAUCGAAGAUGAUUCUGAUUUUUCUUGCGAUUAAUUACUGUUUUUCAGAAGUGCUUACUUUGGAGCAUUAUGUUACAUCCUCAUGCGAGAUAGAGAAAAUAUCCGUAAUCCCUCAAGGUGUGCCAACAGUACUAAAAAAUGAACAGUCAUUGAUCUCGUGCAUUUAUCAUUGUCAUAAAGAUGGGCUGUUAUCAUUCUUCUUGAUUGAGAAUAAUUCAUUAUGCUUUUGUAGCUCUGAGGUUGAUUAUAGCAUUGACAAAAAUGAAACCGGUGGAAUAAUCCAUGGAAUAAAAACACAGAAGGUGUCGACUACAUAUAUACAAGAAGGUGGUCAAAAAGUAAAGAGAGUACACAAACAACCAGAGCCGAUUGACUGCCUUGAUCUUUACCAACAAGGAUAUAUGGAAGACGGGUUGUAUGUGAUCAAGCCAGAUGUAAGUUCUUCUACCACUGAUGUGUGGUGUGAUAUGACCAAUGGUGGCUGGACGGUUAUACAACGCCGGCAAGACGGAUCUGAAGAUUUCUAUAGGAAUUGGGAAGAAUACAAGCACGGAUUCGGAAACAGAAGCGGCGAAUAUUGGCUAGGGCUAGAAGAUAUUUACUAUUUGACUAGUGACAGUAGCUCACUCCACAUAUACCUUGAGGCAUUCAAGAAUGACAAUGUUGAUCCAGUGUCUGCUUUCGCUGAAUAUUCGACAUUUAGAAUUAAUGACGAAAAUGAUAAAUUCAGAUUGAGAGUUGAAGGGUUUAACGGCUCUUGCGGUGACUCAAUGUCGUAUCAUAACGAUGGCAAGUUUUCAACCAUAGACAGUGAUAACGAUAUCUAUGACACAAACUGUGCACUACUUUUUGGUGGAGCUUGGUGGCAUAAAGCAUGUCAUCUCUCAAGUCUAAAUGGACUAUACGCAGAUACCGAGUAUGCUCGAGGAAUCAAUUGGCAUUCGUGCUGGGGACAUUAUUACUCUCUAAAGAAAACUGUUAUGAAGAUUAGAAGAAACAACUGAAAAAACAACAUUUAAAUGAUUCAGUUCUAUCAUAUAUCGUUUUAAACAUUUUAUAGUUUUCUUUUUGUUUUGU